ACGGAUUGAAAGUAAGUACAAGUUUUUCUGUUCCUUGAACCUUUAACUUUUCUCUAAUAGUUUCCCAUAAAAUAAUUUCUUAACUUUUCGUUUUAAGAUGGCUCUUGGCUAUCUUGCCUUAGAUUUAAUGAGAAUGGAAGAUCGUGUUCAACGCCUUGAACGAAGGACACAGCGACAAUUGCUGCGAGCAACAGAAGAUCCAUUUGAUUUGACGAACAACGAACUUAGGGAGCUGUACCGCCUAACACCGGACUUAAUUUUCGAUCUCAUCGAUGCAUUAGAACCUCGAUUGCAGCGGACAAGGAUCACUGGACUGUCUACAGAAAAGAAAGUAUUAUCGGCAGUAAGAUUUUAUGCAACUGGCUGCUUUCAACGUCCUGUGGGUGAGCAAUGGGGCAUUUCCAUGAGCCAGACAUCUAUCAGCAGAUGUAUACACAAAGUGACAGAUGCGAUCAACGAUUUAAUAUUUAGACAGUGGGUACAAUUUCUUAUGACUCUAGGAGCCAGGCAGCUAGCGAGAAUGCAAUUUCAAAAUGCACAUCAGCCAUUUGAAGGAGCUAUAGGAGCAAUUGACUGCACUCACGUAGCGAUUCUUGCUCCCACAGAGCAUGAAGAAGCCUACGUUAAUCAUCAUGGAUAUCAUUCAUUAAAUGUGCAAAUGAUAUGUAACCCGAAUUUAAAAGUACUAAAUGUUAAUGCAAGAUAUCCCGGAGCACGGCACGAUGCAUAUAUAUGGAGUGCUUCUGCUGCACGACGAGUUAUGGAACGCGCAUACAAUCGUGGUGAACGGCGAACAUAUCUCAUUGGUGAUUCAGGUUAUCCAUUGGAGCCAUGGCUAUUAACUCCUUUGCCCCGAGAGCCGCAAGGAACUCCACGUUUCGCAUAUAACGAAGUGUUAUGUAGCGCAAGAAAUUGUGUCGAACGUCUUUUUGAUGUAAUGAAGUCUACCUGGAGAUGUCUUUCUCGACAUAGGGUCUUGCAAUAUGAGUCUGGCUUUGCUGGAAGAAUUGUCAAUGCUUGCGCAGUCCUCCAUAAUAUGCGAAUUGCUCACGGCAUACUUGAUGAUGAUCUGUUCGAUGAAUUUGAUGAUGCACAUAUGUACGAAAAUUGUGGUGAGGCUCAUGAUAUUAAUAAUCCGGAUAAUAAUGAUCGUAGACCUCUUGCUAUCGCACGUCGCAUCCAAGAUCGUUUAAUAGCAGAAAGAUUUGGUAGAUGAAAUUGUACAAUGUAUAAAUGUAAAUUUAAAAUUAAUUAUCUUAUACAUCAGAUCAUUUUCAAUCCAUUUUAUUGUGAUAAAAAGCAAUUUGUUUUCGUUUUCUUAACUUCUAUAUUUAUUUAAAAAAUGUAUUGUCUAAAUAUAUUCAAUAUUCUUUUCUUGUAUAUAUUAUAGGUGUAAAUAUACAGAUAUAUUUAGGUGUAAAUAUAUACACAGUAUUUUUUGUAAAGAUUGAAUAGACAAGCAAUACACACAAAGUGCUAAAAGUUUUUAUAUUUUGUAUUCCUGAUUCAGU